UUUCGGACUUUUCUUCCAUUUUCACCUCCGUGACCAGCCCCUGAAAACCCCAGAGUAUAAGGUUGCGCCGACGUCGCGUAUCAGUCAAGAUGUCUGCGAGAUAUUCUCUCAGGCAGACGCCGAGGAAAAAGGAGCUCUUUGACGGCAUGAUCGAGACUCCGGCCCGACGCAACACCCGCCGAAAGACCCCGUCCCCGACCGAGGACGAAGCCGAGUCCACACCGCCCCCCGAAGUCAUGGAUAACAAGCAGUUGCGCCGGCGCGUCGCGCCCAAGUUCACCGAGCACAUCGACGAACUGACACCGCCAGAAACGCCCGUCGACAGCGACAGCGCCGAGACGUCCUUCUCCAAAAUCCAUGGCAAUGAGGCCAGCGCCAAGGAGACUGACGGCAAGGAGGCUAACGGCACGGCGGUGAAGACUCAACAAAAGCUCGGGGACGAGCAUUUCUCGGGCGAGUACGAGUUCGGCGGCCCUUGGUUCGUCUCGCUCAUGAUGGUCGGCUUCCCCGUCCUCAUGUGGUACAUGUGGAUUGGCGCCACGUACUACGACGGUGGCUUCCCCGUCCGCGCCGCCGGCCAGAGCUGGGGCGAAUUCGGCAGCCACCUCGUUGACCUCGUCUACACGGGCGCCUUCCCGCACACCAAGGCAUGGUUGAUCUACUGGGUGUUCUUCGUCGUCGAGGGUGCCUUCUACUGCCUGAUGCCUGGCAUCUGGGCCUAUGGCAAGCCGCUGGAGCACGAGGGUGGCAAGCAGCUCAAGUACUACUGCUCCGCUUACACGUCGUGGUACGCCACGCUCACCAUCGUCGCCGGCCUCCACUUCUCGGGCGUGUUCCCGCUCUACACCAUCAUCGACGAGUUCGGCCCGCUACUAUCCGUCUCGAUAUUGUCGGGCUGGCUGGUGGCCAUCGUGGCGUACGCGUCGGCCCUCGCGCGCGGCGCGCAGCACCGCAUGUCGGGCAACCACGUCUACGACUUCUUCAUGGGCGCCGAGCUGAACCCGCGCAUGUUCGGCAUCCUCGACUUCAAGAUGUUCUUCGAGGUGCGCAUGCCGUGGUACAUCCUGUUCCUGCUGUCGUGCGGCGCGGCGGCGCGCCAGUGGGACCGCUACGGCUACGUCUCGGGUGAGGUCGGCUUCCUGAUCCUCGCCCACUUCCUCUACGGCAACGCCACGGCCAAGGGCGAGGAGCUCAUCGUGACCACGUGGGACAUGUACUACGAGAAGUGGGGCUUCAUGCUCAUCUUCUGGAACCUCUCGGGCGUGCCGCUGUCGUACUGCCACUGCACCAUCUACCUGGCCAACCACGCGCCCGAGACGUACCGGUGGAACCCCUGGGCGCUCGCCGCGCUGUACGUCAGCUACGUGUUCGUCUACUGGGUCUGGGACAGCGCCAACAGCCAGAAGAACCGGUUCCGCUCCAUGGAGCGCGGCACCCUCGUCAAGCGCAACACGUUCCCGCAGGUGCCCUGGCAGACGCUCUACAACCCCAAGACCAUCGAGACCGGCCUCGGCGACAAGAUCCUCGCCGACGGCUGGUACGGCCUCGCCCGCAAGGUCCACUACACGUGCGACAUCUACUUUGCCACCACCUGGGCCCUCAUCACCGGCUUCAACAGCCCCUUCCCCUGGUUCUACCCCGUCUUCUUCGUCGCCAUGAUCACCCACCGCGCCUGGCGGGACAUCACCCGCUGCCGGGAGAAGUAUGGCGCGGCCUGGACCGAGUAUGAGAAGCAGGUGCCGUAUCUGUUCAUUCCGUACGUCAUCUGAUUUCGAUGCUCUUUUCAAACUUCUAUUAGCAUAUCACAGCAUAGGUGUUGGUGCGAGAGAGGGGAGGUGUGGUGGGUGCAUGGUGAAUUUUGCAUAGAGUGCGCUAGGGAUUUGGGGGCAUUGUGACCUGAUGGAUGCGAUGAUUGAUGGACAGGACAUAUGGGGGAAGGUUCCAAAGGGGCAGGCACAUGGACUUGGUUUGCUUGAGCCGGCAACGAACGGUGUGGCCAAGCUGGGGCGCGUGCGGGUUGGCUUUCCUAUUUUCUACCAACUACCCUUGACUGGAACUAAAAUUAAUGGUAAUGC